UGGAACUUCAAUUCCAAAGGGUUAUAAAGGUAUAUGAGAACCCUACACGCUACACUGUGCCGCAGUGCUAAAUUACGCUCGACCGCGAAGCCCUAGCUCAGCCCUUCGUAACAAUGGUGGCCGCCAAGAAGACUAAGAAGACUCAUGAGAGCACCAACAACAGAUUGGCUCUCGUAAUGAAGAGCGGAAAAUACACGCUUGGUUACAAGACCGUCCUCAAAACUCUCCGCAGUUCCAAAGGGAAAUUGAUACUGAUCGCGAACAAUUGCCCGCCGUUGAGGAAAUCGGAGAUUGAGUAUUAUGCCAUGCUCGCCAAAAUCGGUGUUCACCACUACAACGGGAACAAUGUCGAUUUGGGCACAGCUUGUGGGAAAUACUUCCGCGUUUCAUGCCUCAGCAUUGUUGACCCAGGUGACUCGGACAUCAUCAAGUCGUUACCCCAGUGAUCAUUGAGAAGAGUUAGAGUCUGUUUUGUAUUUGCCUUUUUAUCUAUUUCUUGAUAUCAUUCUUAUUUCAAUUUGCAGAAAAUUUUGUAGUAGUUAUGGAAUCGUUAUAAAGUUUUUUGACCGUGAAACUCUAUUUACUGUGGAAACUACAGAAUUCACGCU